AUGACAUUCAACAAUUUGAACAAAAUAUGCUUUUCAUGCUUGUUUCUCAUCUUUUUUAUUGCCUUUUUUUAUGAAGAAAAUAUAAACAUUGUUUCUUUUUACACAAAAAGUGUAGCUAAAGACUUAUCGCAUUCAUUAUGUGAUGUAAAUUCUUGGAUUGUAAAAAUAUAUUCUUAAUAUUGAAAUCCUAUUGAUAAAAGUAGACGUAAACACUGCAGUUUAGAAAUACCGUCUACAUAAAACGUAAAACAAAUGUACAAAAAAAAUUUUUAGAAACAAAAUGCAAAAAUAAUCUAAACUGCCUGAGGAGAUUCGGAUGCGCAGCAGCCUCUAUGUUAUGGGAUCACGUUUUCGUGUACGAUGUUGGCAUUGAAAGGAUAUGCUAUGGACUCAACUGGUUUUCACUCCGAGCAUUCACCGGUGUACCGCAGUCUGGUUCUUACCGGCGCUAGUCUCAAUCCGCUUGCCAUUUUACCGGUUUAUCAUUGGACAUUCUUACGCUUCUGACAAAGUUAAACCUUAUCAGUCAGGUUAGUACCAAACUUUCAAUGGUGACUCUGCCCAUUGCGCGUUACAGAAACAAGUGAAAUGAAAUUUGACUCGAGUAUGAGCACAAAUAUCGAGAGGUCGCUAUCGAUGUUAUAAGAAAAUAUUAAGUAAAGAUAAAAAAAAGACAUUCACAAAUCGAGUAAAAGUCAACGAAACAACAUGUGAAAUAGCAACGUGGAAAUGUACACAAGUGACACAGCAACGAAUGCAACAUGAUAUAUGGCCGAUGUAAGCAUGAUUACUGUUGCGAUAUUUUUGUGACAUCCACACAACAUCCGCACUUGCAUGUGUACCAGUAAUGUCGACACGUCACACAAAACUUGUAACUUGAUUCUUGCUGAAUAAAACGACUAUUAAUGACUAUUAAUGACGUUACCAGAAAGAAAUAGAUAAAAAAAAUACAGUAUGAAACGUGCGUGGAAAUCAAAGACCUUGACACCAUUCUCAUAACAUUUUCACCUUCAAAGAAAAACUUGUGGAAUCUACGACAAAGUAUGUUUAUAUUAAAAAAUAUAUAUAUAAAUUAUAAAUAAUUAUCCAUAAAGUAUAAUGUCUAAAACAAGAAUCCGUUAUUUCCUUGUAUAAUCGUUCUACUGCUAUAUAAUAUGUCACACAAUAGCCUUAGUAAUUGUCCAUGCUGUUAAUUAUAGAUCGCAGUCAAUUAUUCAAGACCGACAUGCAGCAUAUGUAAAUUAAGUAUCAAAUAUUCUAGGGACGUGUUUCUAUUCUGGUCAAACAUUUAAAAUGUUUACAUAUUUAAAUAUGUGAUCUAGAAACUUAAGUUUUCGAGAUACGAAAUUUUAUUUUGAAACAAUGGAAUAUUUUGAAAAAGAAGUAACUAACAACAAAAAUGAUUUAAAGAAAACUUAUAUGAUCUAAAGGGUGAUAAAUAGCAAUAAAAUUAAUUUUUGAAAAAAAAAAUUGAUUUUUUAAGGUUACAUAGAAACUUCAUUUUAAAAAUAAAAUUACAUGAUUUUGUGCAUAAUACGAUUCGUUUAGUUAUUCUGCAUAAAAGUAUUUAAGCAGAGCUAUUAAAAAACUAAUAAAUUACAAGAUAUUUUAUAUUUUAACUAAACAUAUUUCGAUAUCAAGUUACUUUAUUUUCACAAUAUUUCACCGUUUCGCAAUAAUUAAGUAAAUAAUAAAAUUUUUUCUAUUUCAAAAGUUGAACAUUUCUAAGAUCAAUACAAAUUAUUCUUUUUAAUAUUUGAUCAAUAGAAAUACGUCUGCAGAAUUUAGAUUUAUCUAUUUAUAUUCUAUAUAUUUGGCGCGCAUGUUUACAAUCGUAUUUCUUGAUGUUAUAAAAUCAAACAAAUGUUACAUAAAAAGUUGUUAUAAGGAAGAUUAUUUGUAUAGAAUUCUUCGAAUUUUCUUAUUAUAUUCUAAAUCAUUUUUAUAUACAUUUUAGAUAGUCGUGUAUGAUGUUUACACACAUGUUUAUGUGUUUAUUUAUUGUGUGACGUUUAAAAAAUCAACAUAUAUUUUAUUUUUUAUUAGAAAAAUUAAUUAGCGAUUUAUUUCCAGAUAAUUCACAUUUUCCAUUGAUGUUUAAAAAAAUAUUUUUUUCGAAUGACAUGCAUUCGGAUAUUGAUGUUUGGCGGUGAAUAACGGAAAUGGCAGCAAUAUUAACAACCUUGAUUGGCACAACUUCCGUUCUUGGACUCAGUUUGAUUCCACUUUUAGCCAUCGGUCUCACUGUUUAUAGAUACAACAACCUUGAUCCAGAAUCACAUCCGCAAAAUGCACGCGAGCUAUUACGAAUGUACGACUUUAUAGUAGUCGGAGGUGGCAGUGCGGGUGCUGUGGUGGCCUCGAGAUUAUCAGAAGUAGCAAAUUGGACGGUGCUACUUUUAGAAGCUGGCGAUGAUGAAAACGAAAUUUCGGACGUUCCCCUGCUUGCCGGAUAUACUCAACUCACAGAAUUUGAUUGGAAGUAUCAAACCUCACCACCCAGUACGUCCGCCUAUUGUCUCGCCAUGAUAGGCGACAGAUGUAAUUGGCCUCGCGGUCGCGUUCUUGGAGGAAGCAGUGUUCUCAACGCAAUGAUUUAUGUUCGUGGUAACAGGCACGAUUACGAUAACUGGGCUCGAUCAGGUAACACGGGAUGGAGCUAUAAAGAAGUACUCCCUUAUUUUCUCAAGUCCGAAGACAAUCGUAAUCCAUAUUUAGCAAGAACACCUUAUCACAAGACAGGAGGUUACCUGACGGUGCAGGAACCAUCUUGGAAAACUCCUUUGGCAAUUGCUUUUUUGCAAGCUGGUCAAGAGAUGGGCUACGAAAAUCGCGACAUAAAUGGAUUCAAUCAAACCGGUUUUAUGUUAACACAAGCAACGAUUCGACGUGGCAGUCGAUGUUCGACAGCAAAAGCCUUUCUACGACCAGUGAAAAAUAGACCAAAUCUGCAUAUAGCAAUGAAUGCUCAGGUUUUAAAAGUGCUUUUCAAUACCAACAAAAGGGCAACGGGCGUAGAAUUUCUUCGUGACGGCAAACAGCAGAUUGUGAAGUGCAAAAGAGAAGUUAUCUUAUCCGCUGGCGCGAUUAAUUCGCCUCAGUUGCUUAUGUUAUCCGGAAUCGGACCUAGCGAACAUUUGAACGAGUUUGGUAUACCAGUGAUAUCCGAUCUACGAGUCGGGGAUAACCUUCAGGACCAUGUAGGUCUUGGUGGGUUGACAUUCCUGGUAAACGAACCAAUUACUCUAAUAAAAGAACGAUUUCAAACCGUUUCGGUGAUGUAUGAGUACAUCGUAAAAGAGCGAGGACCCCUGACUACUCCAGGAGUAGAGGCAUUAGCUUUUCUUAAUACCAAAUACGCUAAUAAAUUCGACUAUCCGGAUGUGCAAUUUCAUUUUGCGCCAAGUUCCAUCAACUCUGAUGGCGAACAAAUAAGAAAGAUUCUCGGUUUGAGAGAUCGUGUAUAUAACAUUAUGUACAAACCCUUACACAAUGUCGAGACGUGGUCAAUUCUUCCACUUUUGCUACGUCCUAAGAGCACAGGUUGGGUCAGAUUGAAAAGCAGAAACCCCUUGGUUCAACCGGAUAUCAAUCCAAACUACUUCACGCAUAAAGAAGAUAUGGACGUCCUUAUAGAAGGAAUCAGGUUAGCGAUGAGGGUAUCUAAUACAAGCGCAUUUCAACGUUUCGGCUCGAGACCUCACACAAUUCGUAUGCCAGGGUGUCAUAAAUAUCCGUUCGAUACGUAUGAAUAUUGGGAGUGCGCCAUACGACACUUCACCUUCACUAUUUAUCAUCCGACGAGCACUUGUAAAAUGGGACCGCGAAGUGAAUCCAAGGCUGUCGUGGAUCCGCGAUUAAGAGUUUACGGAGUGAAAGGACUCAGAGUUGUUGACGCUUCUAUAAUGCCAACCAUUGUUAGUGGCAAUCCGAACGCACCAACUAUCAUGAUCGGUGAAAAAGCUAGUGACAUUAUCAAGGAGGAUUGGCGAGUGAAAGGAAAACAAAGUGUCACAGGACGUAGAUGACAAACAAAAUCGAUAUUUUGGGAUUAUAUGUAUAUAUAAUAUAUCCCGUUACAUCUAUCCGGAUAUAUCCCAAAUUCCAAAUAUAUCAUAUAAGAAAUAAAACUAAACUUUCUUUUACUUUCUUUUUAUAAUAUAUUCUUAUAAUACCGGUUUUUUAUAGAUAUUUUAUUACCACUAAAUUGCAAGUAUGAUUCACACGCAAUUUUAUCUUCUUUAUGAGAACCUGACGAAAGAAUCUAUCAAGAUUCGUAUAAUAAUAUUCCAAAUAAGAGUGAUAAAAUAAAGAUACAUUUCUAAAACAAGUUAAUAUGCUAAAAUGUAAGAUUAAUAUUUAUAAAAUACCGAUUGUACGAUGUGAAAGGUUCUCUCAUUAGACAUUUAUAAAUAUUAAUAAACGAUUAACGGACAGAUUAAAAAAAGAAGAGAAGAAGAAAAAGAGAACGAAAGCAAGAAAAAUUAAUAUGUUGAAAAAAAUGUAUAUAUGUGUUAAUAUAAAAUAUCUUAUGUACAUAUAUUAAAAUGAAAUAUGCAGUGUUUCAGAAUCAACAAACAAAAAAUUUUAAUAACCAGCGAUUUAAUGGCAGUGCCAUUCUAUGUAAAAUAUGUAAAAAAUAUUAAUUUAUUACAUUAAAUGUCUGUCAACUAAUUAUACUAUUUAUUUUUAUAUAAUGUACUACUCCUCUUCUAAAUAUGGUAAUACGUAACUUGUUAAAAAUUUUAUGCAAAAUUGAUGAGAAGAAUGUGGAUAAACCAUUAAUCUUAUCGCUAAAUCAAUCAUCCGUGGUCACCAACGUCUCCUUAUGCUUAUACAAAUAGAUAAUUUGCUUUAAAAAUUACAGUCUAGAGAUAGCUUUUUUGAUUCGCAGGAUCAGUUUUUAAAUGUGACUUUUAAAAAAUUAAAUAGCUGCUACCAAAAA